AUGGACUUGCCUGGUUACACCAACGACUUGGUUAGUGCGGUUCUUGAAGCCAAUCCGAAUACGGUGGUUGUAAACCAGUCGGGAACUCCCGUCGAGUUCCCUUGGCUCUCGAAAGCCAAGGCAUUAGUGCAUGCUUGGUUCGGUGGUAAUGAGACUGGAAAUGCAAUUGCCGAUGUUCUUUUCGGCGAUGUCAACCCCAGUGGAAAAUUAGGCUUAUCAUGGCCACUUCGUGUUCAGGACAACCCUACUUUCCUCAAUUUCAGAACUGAAAAGGGUAGAGUUCUCUAUGGUGAAGACGUCUUUAUUGGAUACCGGUACUACGAAAAGUUGCAGAAACAGGUGGCAUUCCCCUUUGGCUACGGUAUAUCAUACACCAAGUUUGAGUACUCCGACUUGAAGGUGACCGCAGACGACAAGGAAAUUAAGGUUUCUGCAACCAUCAAGAAUACAGGUGACAUCGACGGAGCAGAAGCUGUACAGGUUUACAUUGCACCCAAAUCUUCUUCGAUUAAUCGUCCAGUAAAAGAAUUGAAGGAAUUCACCAAGUUACCAAUCAAACUGGGCAAGCUGGCUACUGCUUCAUUUACAUUGUCCUUGAAGGAUUCCAUUUCUUACUUUGACGAGUACCAGAACGCUUGGUGUGCUGAGAAGGGUAACUAUGAGGUUCACGUUGGAUCAAGUAGUGAUGAUAUUGAGUUGAUCGCGGAAUUCACCGUGAAGGAAACCAAGUACUGGCAUGGUCUUUAA